GUGUGAGAGAGUGAGUGUGUCAGUGUGUGUGAGAGAGAGAGAGGGAGAGCUUUGUCACCAGUUCAUCUCCAGUAUUUGCUGUGGCCCCGAGAGACCAGAAGAAGACCAUCAAUGGAGCCUCAUCGCCCUCCACUCGCUCUCCUCUCUCUGCUGCUGCUCUCCGGCUUCCCCCCCGGACUGCAGUCAGACGAAGUUGCGUUGCUGGAUUUUGCCUCUGCUCACGGUGAGCUUGGCUGGCUGACCAAACCCUACGGCAAGGGGUGGGAUCUGCUCCAGAAUGUGCUGCACGACAGCCCCAUCUACAUGUACAGCGUGUGCAACGUGAUCGAGGGCGACCAGGACAACUGGCUGCGGACAAACUGGAUCUACCGCGGAGAGGCCAAGCGCAUAUUCGUGGAGCUGAAGUUCACGGCCAGAGAUUGCAACAGCUUCCCCAGCCUGGCCACCUCCUGCAAGGAGACCUUCAACCUCUUCUACGCUGAGUCCGACUUUGACUACGGCACGAACUUCCGCACCAGCCAGUUCAGGAAGAUCGACACUAUCGCCCCGGACGAGAUCACCACCAGAGAGGACAUCGAGUUGCGCAAGGUGAAGAUCAACCUGGAGGUCCGGCAGGUGGGCUCGCUGCAUAAGAAGGGCUUCUACUUGGCCUUCCAGGACGUGGGGGCCUGUGUGGCCCUCAUCUCCGUUCGUGUCUACUACAAGAAGUGCUCGGCCCUCAGCCACAACAUGGCCAUGUUCCCCGAGACCAUCGCUGGGGCCGACUCGCAGGAGCUCUCGGAGGUGGAGGGCAGCUGCGUGGCCAACGCCGUCGCUGACGGCCGUCCUAAAAUGCACUGCAACUUGGACGGGGAGUGGCUGGUGCCGGUCGGUCAGUGUCAAUGCACGGCCGGCUACGAGGUGGUGGACAGCGCCUGUGAGGAAUGCAAAGCGGGUUUCUUCAAAUCAGAGGCAGCCAACACUCCGUGCAGAGAGUGUCCCCCCAACACCCAACCCUCUAACCCGGGAUCAACCUCCUGCCCUUGUGAGGAAGGCUUCUACCGUGCGCCUGGAGACUCUUCCAGCUCCGCGUGUACCCGGCCACCGUCUGUGCCUCAGGAGCUCAGUGCUGUUGCCAUCGGCUCCACAGUGCAGUUGAGAUGGAAGCCGCCAGUGGACACGGGGGGCCGGGCCGACGUGACCUACGACGUCUUGUGCGAGCGGUGCGGGUGGGACGCGGGGAGCUGUGUGCCGUGCGAGUCCAGCGUGAGGUUCUCCCCGCGGACGGGCCUGACCGGCACCACCAUCACAGUGACAGAGCUGGAGCCACACACUAACUACACGCUCAGGGUGGAGGCCAAGAACGGGGUCUCCUUCCUCAGCUCCACCAGCAGCGUCAGCAGCCUGGACGUCAGCAUCAACCAGACCGAACCUCCCAAGAUCGACUUGAUCACUCUGGACAAGCAGGAAACCGAAAGCCUGACCCUGUCCUGGACCCUGCCCAGGCGACAGAUGAACAGCGUGACUGGCUUCGAGGUCAUGUACAGAAAGAAGGUGGAUGAGAAGAGCUACACGGUGCUGAGGUGUGAGCGAAAGGAGGUCAAGGUCUCCAACCUGCUCCCGGGGACAGUGUACGCAUUCCGGGUGCAGGUCCUGACUCCGGAAGGUGCCGGAAGCUUCAGCUCCGAGCAGGAGUUCCAGACUCUCCCAGUAGAAGCAGAGUCUAACGUGACGGUGCUGAUUGUGGGGAUGCUGGUUGGAGGAGCUAUCAUGGUGCUGUUGGUGGUGUUUGUGCUGUACAUUAGACGCAGGAAACGCAACCCUCGUGCCCGGCAAGGUCCUGAGGACAUUUACUUCACUAAAUCGGCUGAUCAACUGAAGCCUCUGAAAACCUACGUUGAUCCUCACACGUAUGAAGAUCCGAACCAGGCUGUGCUCAAGUUUGCCGACGAGAUCCACCCGUCAGCAGUCAGCAAGCAGAAGGUCAUCGGAGCUGGUGAAUUUGGGGAAGUGGUCAAAGGGGUUCUGAAGAAAGGGAGGAAGGAGAUCAGCGUGGCUAUCAAAACACUGAAAGCCGGUUACACUGAGAGCCAACGCAUCGACUUCCUGAGUGAGGCCAGCAUCAUGGGCCAGUUCAGUCACCACAAUGUCAUCCAUCUGGAGGGAGUCAUCACCAAGUACAAACCUCUGAUGAUUGUUACAGAAUACAUGGAGAAUGGGGCGCUCGACACCUACCUCCGGAAUAACGAUGAUGAAUUCUCUUCCCUCCAAUUGGUGGGAAUGCUGCGCGGGAUCUCGUCCGGGAUGAAGUACCUUUCUGACAUGAACUACGUGCACCGGGACCUGGCGGCGCGGAACAUCCUGGUCAACAGUCAGCUGGUGUGCAAGGUGUCCGACUUUGGACUGUCCCGGGUGCUGGAGGAUGAGGAUGAGGGCACGUACACAACCAGCGGAGGAAAGAUCCCCAUUCGGUGGACGGCUCCGGAGGCCAUCGCUUUCCGGAAGUUCACCUCGGCCAGUGACGUGUGGAGUUUCGGCAUCGUCAUGUGGGAGGUGAUGUCCUACGGGGAGAGACCUUACUGGGACAUGUCCAACCACGAGGUGAUGAAAUCGAUCAAUGAAGGGUUCCGGCUGCCAGCCCCCAUGGAUUGCCCGUCCGCUAUCUACCAGCUGAUGAUGCAGUGCUGGCAGCAGGAGCGUGCCAAGCGACCCAAGUUCUGCGACGUCGUCAAUAUCCUCGACAAACUGAUCCGCAACCCCGAGUCUCUGAAGAAUAUCGCCGAGUUUGACCCCCGAGUCUCGAUCCGCCUGCCCAGCACCAGCGGCACAGACGGUAUGAUCUUCCGCACGGUUAGCGAAUGGCUGGACUCCAUUAAGAUGCAGCAAUACCAGGAGAACUUCGUGACCGCGGGAUACAGCACCAUGGAGCACGUUGUCCAGCUGAGCACAGAGGAUGUAAAGAAUAUUGGGAUUCGAUUACCCGGACACCAGAAACGGAUUGCCUACAGCAUCCUCGGAUUACAGGAGCAGGCCAGCAGCCUCGGGGUGUAUAAAGCAUGAAGCUCUACUGUCCACCACAACCCAACAGGAAGAUGGCACAAAAAAAACUUCCAACAUUUCCCAAAGGACUCGCUAUACUUGAAUAAGACUUAGGAUGACUUACGUGGAGAGAGAGAGAAAGAGAGUACUUUCCAGUGGGACCUAGAGAUGUGAAGAAAUAUCUUUAAUAAUGUAGAAAGAGAAAAAAAAAAGGGAACGAAUGGAAUACAUUACCUAGUCACUCCUCUUUCCUGUGUUUGGAACUCACGGUGGACGGGUGCAGAAGAGACUGGGGCAGUGGGAGGGAGAAAGAGAAGUACUUGCAUGAUUUUAAGGCUGCUGUGUUCUCUGUUGUGACACUCGGCUGGUGCAGUGUGUGUGAGUAUGUGUGUGGGGAGAGGGAAUUCAUUCAUUCAUUAGGUGGAACUUCUAUCCAUUCCUCUUCGAGUCUGAUCAGUAAAUAGAGACUAGUCUGGGCUACAGUCCCAUCACCAGCCGCAGAGGGUGUUUAUGAUCAUCAACUUCAGUGACUUUCUCUUGUAGGCUCUCACUUCUGCUCACUUUUAUUCCCCGUCCGAUUUAAAAACUUCUGGAGGACCAACUGAUCGAUCUACAGAAUGUCUCGAUGUGAAGCGAUGAUUACUGACUGCAGUGACUCUCAGUGACGUGCGAUUACAGGCAACAAAAACAACAUCAAAGAGCCAGACUUGAUGGUUGGUGGGACGUCUCCACCAAUAACUUAUCACCUUCAUCUCGGGUGAAGUUUUAGCUCUUUUGGUGCAUAUUAAAUGCCAGUACUGAUCUGUGCGAGAUGGUAAUCCAAGCAACCCAUCCCUGGUCAAAGCGUGAACCCGCCCACGUUUCUUGCCUGCCCAAAUCCGAACGGCUUUGAUUGGAUCCCUAAUGAGUGAAUUCUGUCGUGGUGAGAGUGUUGCCAUCUUUGACGCUGGCGGCAUACAAUUGAAUUCCGCCAUGUUUGAUACUGGCUGUACAUAAUUCCUUAUACUUUUUAGUGGUAUUUCAUCCAGUUGCACCAUCUCUGAUAUUGGCAAUGGCGUUUGCUAUGAAGGUAGUUAUGGGACACAAGUUAAACCCGUGCAUUGGUGGUUGGGUUUGCUGUUGGUUAGUGUGUGAUAACGGGUGCAUUGCACUGUACUGUCGUGUGUGAGAGAUAAACCACUGGCCCAUAUGUCAACCGGCAAUGGCUGAGGAGCCAUUGGACAAUGUUCUUCCCUUCCACAAAUGAGGAGUUUGCUUUCCUCGUUCCAAGCAAAGGUGGCUUGAAAUCAAAUUGAGUUUGGUGGACGUUUAACCGGCUGGAAGUUCAGCUGCUGGACAUUGAAUGAGCAUUCUGACUGACUGCAGCAGAUAUUUCCAACAGUGGAUGAAUCCCAGGGAAAUAACAUUGAAAAUAAAUACAAUAACAACAACAAAUUAUACUUGUAUAUUGCCCUUCAAGUCAGAAAGAUGCCCCAGAGCGCUGGACAAUGCAGGCGCAGAAAAGAGUAUCAUGUACCGUACACAAUUCUAAUCUCCCAAAAUAUACUGCCAACAACAGUCUGUGUAUCAAUAGGAAGUCUCACAUCUGUCUCAUGUUCAAAGGGUCGCCUUAAUUACCCGCCCCCCACCCCCCAUCUCCCUCCCCCCCCCACCCAACACACCGAGUGCCUGUGCAGUAAUAUGCCGUGGUGUAACGGCAAGACUAGUGAUGCCAUAAACCAUAAACUAGGAAUAAAUGUGGUGAUGCUCGUUGCCUGGAUUAUUUUUGCACACAAUUGGCAUCAUACAGCGCAUUUUAUUCUCCCCCCUCCCCCCCCCCCCAAU